AUGGAAGGACAGAGGCGCAGCCUAAACAUGUUCGAAAAUGACGUUGCAAAGUCACAUCCUCCGAUGUACGGACACUCCGACCCUGCUCUUAUGGACGCGGAGACUGAGAGCAAGUAUAUCUCGCGGUUUCAGCCGCGGGUCAGCAAAUAUGUCGCGGUUUCUCACGACGCCUGCAUAGAGUGCCACAUUGACCUGUUCGGGACGGGCGGGAUCGGAAAAGUAGUCGGUGGGAUGAAUGCGCAUACGGCGGACUUUACAGCACUCUGCGCUCCAGAGGCAUUACCGGAGAGAAUCGGGCUUUGUUCUUACUUCAUUGAGUAUGCGUUCGUACAUGAUGAUGUGUCCGUGGACGCUGUUCACGAUGGCCCUAGCUGCCGCCUUUCCCAGGACAAGGAUGGAAUUAUAUCAAAGGCAUUAGGGUCGAAAAGGUUUGAAGACCUCCAGGACACCGCGGAAGGUGGGUUGAAGAGAAAGCAGGCCAGAGCAAAGAUCUGGUCGGUCUUGAACGAAAUCGACCAAGACUACCUUGGUCGUUGCCAGAAGAAGUUCAAGCAGUGGUACGAGACUGGUCAACAGAUGAGGGACAAAACGUUUGCAAGUUUGGAGGAUUACUUGGCUGUUAGGGCCUUGGAUUGCGGAGCUAACUGGGUUGUUCACAUGAUGGGCUGGGCCAGCGGGGUCGAACUCACACCGGAAGAAGAGGUCGAAACUGGGCCAGUCACCUAUCUGGCAUUUGUGGUUCUUGGUGUGACCAACGAUCUGUGGUCUUGGGAAAAAGAGAAGAGAGUGACGCGGCAGUCUGGGGAUACUCUUCCCCUGAUCAACGCCGUUCAGAUGGUCAUGCGGAUGCAGGAUACUACCGAAGAGUCCGCAAAACAGAUAGUCCGUACCAUUAUCCGCGAGCAUGAGGAGCAAUACUGUCUCCUCCGUGAUGAAUAUCUAGGAAGACCUGGUACCUCACUUUCGGUACAGAAAUGGUUCCAAGUUCUCGAGUUGUCCAUGGCAGGAAAUGCACUAUGGAGCAUCCAUGCCCUUCGAUAUCACCUUGACGAAGUGUGGAAUCUAUUCAAUGUCACCGGAUCAGAGGCUGAUCAAGCGCGUGCAGGCGAAGGUGAAACAGGUCCUACAUACAAAGUCCUCGACGCAUUGGACGAAACGGUUCUAUGGAAACCGUACGAGUAUAUGACAUCUAUGCCAUCCAAGGGUUUCCGCCAUCACCUGAUCGAUGCUCUGCAGACGUGGUUCAAUGUACCAGAGCGCUCGUUAAUGCUGAUUUCGGGGGUAGCAUCCCUGCUCCAUGAAGCCUCCUUGAUGUUGGACGAUAUACAGGAUGGCAGCCUUCUUCGGCGUGGGAAGCCAGCCGUUCAUAAAAUAUUUGGAGUCGGCCAAACCAUCAACUCUGCAUGCUUCCACAUCAAUAAUGCCCUGCGCCUUGUACAACAGCUCUCACCCUCUGCCGUUCUGGUAUUCUCCGGUCAGUCUUUUCCUAAUCUUCUAAUCAACAAAAGAUCGGGCUUCGAUAUGCGCCACUUCAUGGACCAGCUGGGACGGUGCUUCCAAAUCCGGGACGACUAUCAGAACCUCGUAUCCAAAGAGUACACGUCCCAACGCGGCUUUUGUCAGGACCUCGACGAAGGAAAGCCUUCGUUCCCGUUCAUCCGCGCCUAUCAUACUCUGGAAGACAGCACGGUGCUGACGGAAUGGCUCAACAUGCUACGUAGUGGAGAUGGGGCUUCGAUAGAGGCGAAGCGAUACAUCCUGAUUCGGAUAGAAGAAAGUGGGAGUCUGAAGUAUACACAGGAUGUCCUCGGUCUCCUCCAUGACAAUCUAGAAGGUAUGCUCCGGGACAUGGAAUCCAUGACUCGGCAGGAAAACUGGAUUCUCCGAUCUAUGCUGGUGCAAUUGCAGAUCAAACAGAAAGAGUCACAGCCAAAGGAGAGUACGUUUGCGGAAGUGCUGCGUGUUUGGGGUGGAUAUCGGGAGACGGCUUGGAGGUCGAUGAAUUGA